AUGAAAUUACGAACUCCUUUAAAUCACCAAAAUAGAGAGAUGAAAGCACAAAGCUCAUAUACCGAUAUUGCACUGAAUCUUCUGCAAUCGGAUCCAGCAAAGCUCAACUACUUUUGGUGCAAGAGCCUUAAAAGGGGAUAUUAGAUAUGUGUGAUUUUUGAGCUGCUUUCGCAUGUUAUUAUGAUAGAAGCUGGUUUUGAUGAGAAUUGCAGGAGAAAGGAGAGAUGAGCAACAGCUAUUUGGGUGACCCAAGUUCAGGAGAUGGAAGAUCUGGGUCUUCUAGAAAAGGGAAGAAGAGCAAUUCAGACAAACCAAAGCAACCUCAAAGAGGCCUUGGAGUAGCUCAGCUAGAGAAGCUCAGAUUAGAAAACCAAAUAGGCGGUUGUUAUCUUCCCUCCCUUCAUGGUCCACCCCACACCAAUCUCAAUCAGAUGAGCUUUGGAGACAUGGAAACAACAGACAUCAGAUAUGGAGACUCCCACUCUGGUGCCAUAGCAAGAGCUACAUGGAAUCAAACCAGCAGUGUCUUACAGCCCCAACAAGCAGCACAAGCAAAUGUGACACGGCAAUUCCUGGCGCUACGCACUGAGGAUUCAACGCAAAAGAAGAGAAGGCAGGAUCGGUGCGAUUCAAUGGGAUCAACCAGUCAGAACUCCGACGCAAGGGAUGCACAAGAACUAGAUUUAGAUCUGAAGCUAUAGCUGUAAUUGUAUGGCCCACUUUGGGUGAAUGUAUGGCAUUCUUAUCUGUAGAAGUGAAUGAGCCAUGAAUAGAAAAUUGUUUUAUUUCCAUGUUGCUGUGAUUUCAUUGCAUGAAUUGUAGAAGAUGUGUUAAUAGAC